GAGAGAGAGCGCUCAGAGAGGAGAGAACUACUCGAAAGAAAGAAAAACAAGCCAUGGAACUGAACAAAUGUACUGUACAGCAACCCACCACCACCAUAUACCGACUCCACAUGUUUUUCCAUUCUCUAAUUAUGCUGGCAUUAGUAUACUAUCGUCUUUCUCAUUUAUUUUACUUUGAAACUGUCCUCAGUUUACAUGCACUUGCAUGGAUGCUUAUUACCUUAGGUGAAGCUAGUUUCAUUGUCAAGUGGUUCUUCGGACAAGGGACGCGUUGGCAUCCGGUUGUGCGUGAUGUGUUCCCUGAACACAUCACUUGCAAAGAUUCUCAGUGGCCAGCGAUUGACGUGAUGGUCUUCACUGCCAACCCGAAGAAAGAGCCAAUUGCGGAUGUCAUGAACACUGUGAUAUCCGCAAUGGCUCUGGAUUAUCCGACGGACAAAUUGGCGGUGUAUCUCGCAGAUGAUGGCGGAUGCUCCUUAACUUUGUACGCUAUAGAGGAAGCUUGUUCUUUCGCCAAGUUGUGGCUCCCUUUCUGUAGGAAAUAUGGGAUCAAAACGAGGUGCCCUAAAGCAUUUUUUUCGCCAUUAGGGGAAGAUGAUCGUGUUCUUAAGAAUGAUGACUUUGCAGCUGAACAGAAAGAAAUUAAAUUAAAAUAUGAGGAAUUUCAGCAAAAUGUGAACAGUGCUGGUGAAUCCGGUAGAAUCAAAGGGGAGGUAGAGCCUGAUAGAGCCCCUUUAGUCAAGGUAAUAAAUGACAGCAAAAUGGAAAAAGAGAAGAGUGCCGACGCUUUAACCAAGAUGCCUUUGCUUGUAUACGUAUCCCGUGAAAGAAGACCCCAUCUUCGUCAUCACUUCAAGGGUGGAUCUGCAAAUGCCCUUCUUCGAGUUUCAGGGAUAAUCAGUAAUGCCCCAUAUUUACUAGUUUUAGAUUGUGAUUUUUUCUGUCAUGAUCCAACAUCAGCUCGGAAAGCAAUGUGUUUCCAUCUUGAUCCAAAUCUAUCACCUUCCUUAGCUUAUGUCCAGUUCCCUCAAGUGUUCUACAAUGUUAGCAAGUCAGAUAUUUAUGAUGUCAAAAUUAGACAGGCUUACAAGACAAUAUGGCACGGAAUGGAUGGUAUUCAAGGUCCAGUAUUGUCAGGGACUGGUUAUUUUUUGAAGAGGAAAGCAUUAUACACAAGUCCAGGUCUAAAGGAUGAAUUUCUUCGUUCGCCGGAGAAGCAUUUCGGAUUGAGUAGAAAGUUUAUAGCUUCAUUAGAGGAGAAUAAUGGUUAUACUAAACAAGAAGAAGUCAUUUCAGAAGCAACCAUAGAGGAGGCUAGGACACUGGCUACUUGCGCAUAUGAGGAUGGCACACAAUGGGGUGAAGAG